AUGUUGGUGGUGGUGGUGGUCGUGCUGCUGGUGCUGCUACUGGUGAUGAUGCAGCUGCUGCUGGUGAUGAUACAGCUGCUGCUGGUGAUGAUGCAGCUGCUGCUGGUGACAGUGGAGGUGUUGAGAUCCUUUGAGGUGGUGGAGGUGUUGAGAUCCUUUGAGGCGGUGAUGGUGUUGAGAUCCUUCGAGGUGGUGGUGGUGUUGAGAUCCUUCGAGGUGGUGGUGGUGUUGAGAUCCUUCGAGGUGGUGGUGGUGUUGAGAUCCUUUGAGGCGGUGAUGGUGUUGAGAUCCUUCGAGGUGGUGAUGGUGUUGAGAUCCUUCGAGGUGGUGAUGGUGUUGAGAUCCUUCGAGGCGGUGAUGGUGGUGGUGUUGAGAUCCUUCGAGGUGGUGGUGGUGUUGAGAUCCUUUGAGGCGGUGAUGGUGUUGAGAUCCUUUGAGGCGGUGAUGGUGUUGAGAUCCUUCGAGGUGGUGAUGGUGUUGAGAUCCUUCGAGGUGGUGAUGGUGUUGAGAUCCUUCGAGGCGGUGAUGGUGGUGGUGUUGAGAUCCUUCGAGGUGGUGGUGGUGUUGAGAUCCUUUGAGGCGGUGAUGGUGUUGAGAUCCUUUGAGGCGGUGAUGGUGUUGAGAUCCUUUGAGGCGGUGAUGGUGUUGAGAUCCUUCGAGGCGGUGAUGGUGUUGAGAUCCUUCGAGGCGGUGAUGGUGGUGGUGUUGAGAUCCUUCGAGGUGGUGGUGGUGUUGAGAUCCUUUGAGGCGGUGAUGGUGUUGAGAUCCUUCGAGGUGGUGGAGGUGUUGAGAUCCUUCGAGGUGGUGGUGGUGUUGAGAUCCUUCGAGGUGGUGGAGGUGUUGAGAUCCUUCGAGGUGGUGGUGGUGUUGAGAUCCUUCGAGGUGGUGGUGGUGUUGAGAUCCUUCGAGGUGGUGGUGGUGUUGAGAUCCUUCGAGGUGGUGGUGGUGUUGAGAUCCUUCGAGGUGGUGGAGGUGUUGAGAUCCUUCGAGGUGGUGGUGGUGUUGAGAUCCUUCGAGGUGGCGGAGGUGUUGAGAUCCUUCGAGGUGGUGGUGGUGUUGAGAUCCUUCGAGGUGGUUGUGGUGUUGAGAUCCUUCGAGGUGGUGGAGAUCGUGCCCGUGCAUGGUGCUGGUUGA